AUGACCCAAUCAACAACACCAGUCGCAAUCGGCGAGACCGCACGGUCGGCCGGCUCGACCUCCCAGACCUCGUCCGUCGAUCUCGGUCUGGAUGCGCAUACCGCGGCAGCGGCCCGCGGCACCGUCGCCUCAGACGCCAGCCAGGAUGACGAGAAGCGGCGGAGGUGGACCACUGCAUCCUCUGAGCAUUCGCCCAGCCUCGAGAAGCCGGCCCGCGCCGAUGACAGCACCACGCCAGCGUCCAAGGACGAGGCUGACGGCUACGAGUACAAUCCGGGCGUCCGCGCCUUUGAAGGGAAACACCGCGAACGCUGGUGGCAGGUGUGGCGGCCAAAGGACCUGCCACCGCCCCCUCCUGCCAACUUUGACGCGGCGCGGCCCAGCCCGCUCGCCACCGCCAACAUCCUCAGCCAGCUCUACUUCCAGUGGCUGACGCCGCUAAUGGUCCUGGGCUACCAGCGCCCGCUCGAGGCCACCGACCUCUACAAGCUGCCCGACGACUGCGGCUCCGAGAAGCUCUCGGUCACCCUGCAGCGCGACUGGGAGCGUCGUGUCAGGGAGGCCAAGGAGUACAACGAGAAGCUCGAAUGCGGCGAGAUCCGUCCUGGCUGGAAGCGCAAGGCCACCUGGACGCUCCAGUCGGCGCUCAAGCCUGGCAGCGGAAGCGUCAAGGAGCGCGAGGCCGCGUGGCGCGCGCCGCCGCCGCCUCCCGCCCCCACAUCGGGCGCCGCUGCGCCUGCCCAAAAGGCAUCGCCGCAGAAGCCUCGUUCGGGCCACAAGCGGCCCUCGCUCGUGAUGGCCAUGCACGAUCAGAUGGGCCGGAAGCUGUGGACCGGCCUGGCCUUCAAGAUUGUCGGCGACGCCUCCCAGAUCACCUCACCACUCGUCCUCAAGGCCAUUAUCCAGUUCACCCAGGAGCGCUACGCGGCCGCCGCCACCGACACCGAUGGACCCGGCGUUGGCAGGGGCAUCGGCCUCGCGUUUGCCCUCUUUUUCAUGCAGCUGCUGGCGAGCGUCUGCCAGCACCAGUUCUUCUGGAAGUCGAUGUCGGUCGGCGUCGAGAGCCGCGCCGCCCUCAUCGCCGCCAUCUUUAACCGCGCCAUGCGGAUGAACGGCAAGGCCCGCUCGAGCGGCAAGCUCGUCAACCACAUCUCGACCGACUGCAGCCGCAUCGACUUUGCCUCGGCUUGGUUCACCAUCAUCUUUGCCGCGCCCAUCCAGAUUGUCGUCUGCCUCAUCAUCCUUCUCACCCAGAUCGGACCCUCGGCGCUCGCCGGCUUCGCCAUCUUCGUCCUGGCCGCCCCGCUGCAGACGUACACGAUGAAGUGCCUCUUCAUGAUCCGCCGGCGCUCGAUGAAGUGGACCGAUCAGCGCGCAAAGAGCAUCCAGGAGGUCCUUGGCGGCAUGCGCAUCGUCAAGUCGUUCAGCCACGAGUCGCGCUUCCUGCAGAAGAUCCGCGAGAUCCGUAACAGCGAGCUGCGCGACAUCCGCAGCAUCCUCAUCAUCCGUGCGGCCAACAACGCCGUCGCCUUCAGCUUGCCCGUGCUGGCCGCCGUCGUGGCUUUCGUCGUCUACAGCGCCUCGGGCCACGACCUCAACGCUGCCAAGGUCUUCCCGGCCCUCACCCUCUUCCAGCUGCUCAGGAUGCCGCUCAUGUUCCUGCCCCUCUGCCUGUCUUCCACCACCGACGCCAUGAACGCCUUCGAGCGCCUCUACUCGGUCUUCACCGCCGAGCAGCUCGACGACGCCUUCGAGUACGACGACAAGGGCGACGACGCCCUCGUCAUCCGCGACGCCAGCUUCCGCUGGGAGACGGUCGAGGCCGAUGCGGCACCGCCCACCAAGGGCGGACCUGGCGGCCCCGGGGCUGGAGGCGCCGGUGCAGCUAGACGUGCAAAAGCAGGAGGCGCCAAGGGCGCGCUCAAGGACCGAGCAAAGAAAGUCUUCCGCAAGGCCGCUCCCGCUGCGACUCCUGCCCCUGGACUGCCGGCUCCGGUCACUGCCUCCUCGGCCGUAUCGCCGACGUCAGGACAACAGGGCCAGGCCGAGGUGCCGCUCUACAAGCAGGUCGAAGCCGAGCAGGCUGCUGGCGUUGCCGGAGACAACGGAGAAGCCACGCUGAGCGAGGCCAAGAUCGAGCCCAAGGCGGGCGAUGACGCUGGCUUUGUCCACCCCGACGACGGCGUCGCAAGGACCUCCGGCGAGGGCGGCGUCGCCCCGCGCGAUGGCCAGGUCUCCGGGAUCGGUGCAGCGACGGCCCUCUACAGAGCGGCCUCUGGCGGCGCCCCGGCCGAGGAGGCCGCGGUCAACGCCACGCCCGCCGAAGAGGUGCAGGAGCCCUUCUCCAUGCACCAUCUCAAUCUGCGGAUCGCCAAGGGCGAGCUCGUCGCCAUCGUGGGUCCUGUUGGGUCUGGCAAGUCGUCCCUGCUCCAGGCCUGCAUCGGAGAGAUGCGCAAGACGUCUGGCACGGUGCAGUGGGGCAGCGAGCGCGUCGCCUACUGCUCUCAGAGCGCCUGGAUCCAGAACGCCACGGUCCGCGACAACAUCCUGUUUGGCCAGUCGUUUGACGAGGAGCGGUACUGGGAGGCGGUCAAGGUGUCGGAGCUCGAGGCGGACCUGGCCAUCCUGCCCGCCGGCGACAUGACCGAGAUCGGCGAGAAGGGCGUCAACCUCAGCGGAGGUCAGAAGCAGCGCGUCAACAUCGCCCGCGCCCUGUACUACGAUGCCGAGAUUGUCUGUCUCGACGACCCGCUGUCGGCCGUCGACGCCCACGUCGGCAAGGCCCUGUUCAAGAACGCCAUCCUCGGCCUCCGUGCCAAGGGCCGCACCGUGCUCCUCGUCACGCACGCGCUCCACUUUCUGCCCGAGGUGGACCGCAUCAUCACGCUCGAGGAUGGCCGGAUCGCCGAGAUGGGAAGCUACCAGCAGCUGUCGACCGCCCACGGGCCCUUCCACCGGCUCAUCGAGGAGUUCGGUGGCGAGCAGGAAAAGGACGACGAGGAGAAGAAGGCAGACGAGGGCGAGGCCGUCGAGGGGACGGCCGAGGACAUCCAGGACGCCAAGGUCAAGAAGCGGUCCGGCCUCUCCAAGGGCAAGAACGACAAGUCCGGCACGCUGAUGGAGGCCGAGGAGCGCAACACGGGCUCGAUCUCGGGCCACGUCUACUACUCCUACCUCAAAUUCGGCAACGGCGUCGUCAUGGUGCCCAUCUGCGUCCUCAGCCUGGUCGCCAUGCAGGCCACCAACAUCCUCAACUCGUACUGGCUCGUCUGGUGGCAGGCGGACCAGUUCCACCAGAGCCAGGGCUUCUACAUGGGCAUCUUUGCCGCGCUCGGCGUGCUCAUGACCAUCUUCACGUUCAUCGUCGGCAUGGCGAUGGGCUACCUCAGCUUCUACGCCUGCCGCCGGCUGCACGGCGAGGCCAUCUCGCGCGUCAUGUUUGCGCCCAUGGCCUGGCUCGACGUCACCCCGAUCGGCAGGAUCAUGAACCGCUUUUCCAAGGACGUCGACGUGGUCGACAACCAGCUGGCCGACGCGAUCCGGAUGGCCGCCAACACCAUGGCCUCGGUCGUCGGCGCCGUCAUCCUCAUCACCAUCCUGACCCACUACUUUAUCAUCGCCGUCGCCGUCGUCCUCGUCUUCUACUUCUUCGGCGCCCUCUUCUACCGCUCGUCGGCGCGCGAGGUCAAGCGGCUCGAUGCCCUGCUCCGCUCCAGCCUCUACUCGCACUUCUCCGAGACUCUCUCCGGGCUGGCCACGAUCCGCGCCUACCGCGAGACCAACACCUUUAUCCGCGAAAACAUCAAGCGCAUGGACAUCGAAAACCGCGCCUACCUCACCAGCGCCGCCAACCAGCGCUGGCUCGGCGUGCGGCUCGACCUGCUGGGAGCGCUGCUGGUGCUCAUCGUCGCCAUCCUCACCACGGCCAGCUCCAACCCGCUGACGGGCGGCAACAGCGGCGUGGCGCUGACGUACAUGAUGACGGUGUCGCAGGCGUUUGCGUGGAUGACGCGGCAGGUGGCCGAGGUCGAAAACGACACGGCGUCGGUCGAGCGCCUGCUCCACUACGCCGAGUCGCUCGACCAGGAGGCCGCCCAGGUCCGCGAAGACAACCCGGUCCGCGACAGCUGGCCCGAGACGGGCUCGAUCGCGUUCAACAACGUCUGGCUCAGCUACCGCCCCGGGCUGCCCUCGGUACUCAAGGGCAUCUCGUUCAAGGUGGGCGAUGGCGAAAAGGUGGGCAUCGUCGGACGCACGGGCGCCGGCAAGAGCUCGCUGCUGACGGCGCUGCUGCGGCUGGUGGAGCUGAGCGAGGGCAGCAUCGUCAUCGACGGCGUCGACGUGUCGCAGAUCGGCCUGCAGGACCUGCGAAGGCGGCUGGCCAUCCUGCCGCAGGAGCCCCUGCUGUUCAGCGGCACGCUGCGCUCCAACCUCGACCCCUUCAACCAGUACGACGACGCGCGCCUCAACGACGCGCUCAAGCGGGCCUACCUCGUCUCGGACGACACGACGGGGCAGCAGACGCCGGCAGCGCUGCCGAUCGGCGAGGCUUCCGAUGACGGGUCCGGAUCGGCGGUGGCGACGACAACGCCUGCCUCGGGCGCCGACACGCCCAAGGCGAGGACGUCGCGCAUCAACCUCGACACGAUCAUCGAGGAGGAAGGCGGCAACCUGUCGGUGGGGCAGCGGUCGCUCGUCUCGCUGGCGCGGGCGCUGGUCAAGAACUCGCAGAUCAUCCUGCUCGACGAAGCGACGGCCUCGGUCGACCUCGAGACGGACGCCAAGAUCCAGACGACGAUUCGAGAAGAGUUUGCCAACCGCACCAUCCUCUGCAUUGCGCACCGGCUGCGCACCAUCCUGGCCUACGACCGCAUCGCCGUGUUCGACCAGGGCCAGCUGGCCGAGUACGACUCGCCGCUGGCGCUCUUUGACCGCCCCGACGGCAUCUUCCGCGGCAUGUGCGAGAGGAGCAGCAUCACGCGCGACGAGAUUGUGCGCAACCGCGCCAAGGCCUAG